AUGGCGUGGCCCUGCAUCAGCCGCCUCUGCUGCCUGGCGCGGCGCUGGAACCAGCUGGACCGCUCCGACGUGGCUGUGCCACUGACCCUGCACAGCUACUCCGACCUCGAGAGCGAGGAGCCGGGCCUGAGCGGUGCCACCUCACGCAGGGGCUCGUCCCUCGCAGGCUCGCGGGACCCCGGCCGGGACGUGCCGCUUACUCAGUACCAGCGGGACUUCGGCGUGUGGACGGCGCCCGCGGGGCCCAGAGAUGCAACACUGGGGCGCGGGUCGGGAGCGGGCGGCCGCAGGAUCAAGCCCCCCGCGCCCUACAGCCGGGGGGUCUACGUGCUCCCCGUCGGCGACGCAGAUGCGGCUGCAGCGGUGACCACAUCGUACAGACAGGAAUUCCAGGCUUGGACUGGAGUGAAGCCAUCGAGAUCCACAAAGGUGAAACCCGCCACAGUCAUCACAACCCACAGCUCUGGAUGGGACAGCAGCCCCGGGGCUGGCUUCCAGGUCCCUGAGGUGAGGAGGAAGUUCGCCCCUAACCCCUCAGCCAUCUUUCAGGCCUCAGCUCCCCGGAUCCUCAACGUGUGA